AAGCGGAAGUGAGCACGCCGUAGACUGCGCGUCUGAAAGCUGGUUGACGCAUCUGCAGUCACUGCUGAGCUUUGGGGUAGGCCAGGCUGGGCGAUCAGCCCUCGAUCUCUGCUGCGCCUCUCCCUUCCCCGGGCUCCUUCCAGCAUCAGGUCCGCUAUCCUCGCCGUGGCCACGCCCCGCCACAUCCUGGCUGCUCUGCACCCUGACUUUUCCUCCCUGGUGGAGAGGGAGAGGCAGCAGUCCUCCUGCAGGUGGAGCGGGGUGGAGACUCUUCCUGAUCCCAGCUGCAGGACACUGAGGACUAGCGAGAUUCAUAAAACCCAAUUAUGGGUGUAAGAGGUUUGCAGGGGUUUGUGGGAAGCACGUGCCCACAUAUAUGCACAGUCGUCAACAUGCGCGAGCUGGCAGAACAACACCGGAGCAAGUACCCUGGCUGCACGCCCACCAUCGUGGUGGACGCCAUGUGCUGUCUCCGAUACUGGUACACACCGGACUCUUGGAUCUGCGGCGGCCAGUGGAGAGAGUACUAUUCUGCUUUGAGAGAUUUCAUUACAGCCUUCACCUCUGCCGGCAUCAAGCUGAUAUUCUUCUUUGACGGCAUGGUGGAGCCGGGUAAGCGAGAUGAAUGGGUGAAGCGUAGACUUAAAAACAACAGGGAGAUAUCCAAGAUUUUCCACUACAUCAAGUCAAAGAGAGACCAGCCCGGCAGAAACAUGUUCUUCAUUCCCUCUGGUCUGGCCAUAUUUACACGGUUUGCCCUGAAGACGUUGGGCCAGGAGACUUUCUGUUCGUUACAGGAGGCGGACUACGAGGUGGCUUCUUACGGCCUCCAGCACAACUGUCUUGGGAUCCUUGGGGAAGACACCGACUACUUAAUUUAUGACACCUGCCCCUACUUCUCCAUUGGCGAUCUCUGCCUGGAGAGCCUCCAGACUGUCAUGCUCUGUCGAGAGAAGCUCUGUGAGAGCCUGGGCCUCCAUGUGGCAGACCUGCCCCUGCUGGCCUGUCUGCUCGGCAAUGACAUCACUCCCGAGGGCAUGUUUGAAAGCUUCCGGUACAAGUGCUUGUCAUCCUAUGCGUCUGUGAAAGAGAAUGCAGGCAAAAAGGGAAAUAUUAUCUUAGCCGUCUCAGACUAUAUCUCCAAAGUUCUUCAUUUGUAUCAAGGUGAGAAGAAGUUAGAGGAGAUGCUGCCCUUGGGGCCCAACAAAGCUCUUUUUUAUAAAGGAGUGACAUCAUAUCUUCUGCCGGGGCAGAAAUCCCCGUGGUUAGUUCAAAAACCCAAAGGCAUAAUAACAGACAAGCAAAUGGUGAGCUUAAACCCCGAAUCCAAGCAAGAAGUCCCUAUGUGUGUAGAUUCUGAAUUCAAGCAAGAGGUUGCUGUGUGUACUAAUCCCGAGUCCAUGCCAGAGGUUCCCAUGUGUACGGAUCCUGAGCCCACCCAGGAGGCUUCCAUGUGCUCGGAUCCCGACUCCAAACAAGACGUUCCCAUGUGCACAGAUCCCGACUCCAAGCCAGAAGUUUCCCUGUGUACAAACCCAGAGAGCAAACCAAGCUUACCUUCCGAAAUAGACACCGAAUUUAAUCUAGAAGCCCUCAUGUGUACACAGCCCGAAGUCAAACAAGAAGACGCCAUGGAUACGGAACCCGAAAUAAAGCAAGCAACCAUGGUUUCAGAGUCUGACAUCUUAAAGGUCGCCAGGAUGCACCACGUCCACUCCGAAAGCUACCUAGUGUACAACAUCAUGAGCAGUGGAGAGAUAGAGUGUAGUAACACCCUGGAGGAUGAGCUGGACCAAGCCCUGCCGAGCCAAGCCUUCGUCUACCGCCCAGUCCGGCAGCGAGUUUACUCACUCUUACUCGGGGACUGGAAAGACGAAGCCAGCACCGGCCCAGUGGUCAAGGAGUGGUUUGUGUACCCUGGUAACGCCCUGAAGCACCCGGACCUAGUUAGGCCUCUGCAGAUGACCGUCCAAGGGGGAACGCCUAGCUUGGAAGUCUUGUGGCUGAGCCAUGAGCCAGCAGCGCAGGCCCUGCGCCUGGACACGUUGCUAGCCUGCUUCAACCUCUCCUCCGCAAGAGAAGAGCUGCAAGCAGUCGAAAGCCCGUUGAGAGCCCUGUGCUGCCUCCUGGUCUACCUCUUUGUCCAGGUGGACACUCUUUCCCUGGAAGAUCUGCAUGCAUUUAUUGCUCAAGCCUUGUGCCUCCAAGGAAAAUCAACCUCCCAGCUUAUGCACUUACAGCUGGACUACAUUAACUCCAGAGCUGUGCAGCUGGGCUCCCUCCUCGUCCGCGGCCUCACCACACUGGUACUAGUCAACAGCGCCUGUGGCUUCCCCUGGACCACAAGCGAGUUUAUGCCCUGGAACGUCUUCGAUGGCAAGCUUUUCCAUCAGAAGUACCUGCAGUCUGAAAAGGGGUAUGCAGUGGAAGUUCUUCUGGAACAAAACAGAUCGUGGCUCACCAAGUUCCACAACCUGAAGGCAGUGGUCUGCAAGGCCUGCUCCAAGGAGAACCGACGCAUCGUGGGCAGAGCACACUGGAACUCUCAUUACUCAGGGAGGCAAGGGAGACAGGGCCAUGGCUCCUACAGGACAGGCUCCACACGCGGCCAUUCCGGGCAGUCAUGGAGAAACCAGGGUUCAGGGGGCAGACAGCAUGAACAUGACCACUGGAGAAGAUACUAGGUGUUGUACAGAAGAGUGCAGAAAAAGCAUGAGUGCCCAGACUCCGCCCUCCUUCCGAGGUGAUCAGAGUGACAUCACCCAGUCUCAUCAGCAAGGAUAGCAGCUGGGACCACACUUUGAAGGAAGGAGAAAUUGCCUUUCAGAGGUUUCUCCUACACAUACUAUAAAAAGAGCCCAUUGCUUUGUCUCAGCGGUUGCCCCUGGCUCCGUGACCCAGAACACGUGAUGCUGACAUUGAGAAUGCUCUCCUGACCUUAGCAGGAGGCUCCUUCCAAACAUUUUCUUACUAUUAAAUAGUGAAAACAUUUCCUCAAAUCAUCAGUCUUUGAAAUCAUGAUGUCUUCUUAUUUUUCAGUUAUCGUGAAAAGGUACCAUGGCCAAAGCAUUUACUAAAGAAAGCAUUUAAUUUGGGUCUGCGAGUUCCAGAGGGUCAUAGAGCCUAUGACCAUCAUGUUGGGGUACACGGCGAGGGCCAGCCAACUGGGAAUGGCUCCUAUGACCAUCAUGUUGGGGUAAACGGUGAGGGCCAGGCGAGGGCCAGCCAACUGGGAAUGGCUCCUGGUUUUGAAACUUCAAAGCCCACUCCCCAGCGACACACCCCCAAAGCCACGCCCUCUCCAGGAAGACCACUCCUAAUCUUUUCCACCAGCUGGAGAGCAAGCUUUAGCUCCUGGGGCCAUUCUCAGACCACCAACCAUGAUAUCUAAUAGCUAUACAGUCUGUCAGAAAUUACUUCAUCAGAGAAUCUAACAGAAGUAAGUAUCAUCUAUUUUUUUUCUUGAUCCACAAAGUAUUUGGAUAGAAAAAAAAAAAACAACUAAAUCGCUUUCUUGUGGGAGAGUUGGUUCUGCUUAGAGGAAAGAUGGCUCAGCAGUUCAGAACAGUGGCUGCUCUUCCAGAUGCCCGUCACCCACAUCCGCCACACACGGUGGCUCACAACUGUCUGUAACCACAGUUCCAGGGGAUCGAAAGCCUCCACCGGCCUCUCUGAGAACCAACACACAAGUGAUGUCCAGACAGGCACACAGGCGAAACACCUGUAGAGAUGAAAUAAAAGUUUUUUUUUUAAAAAAAGAUUUUUAAAGAAGCGGUGGGGUAAGCUUAAGGUAAGCUCCUCCUUGAGGUUCUUCCCUGACUCCCCUGGGGAUCCAGAGGAGCUGAGCCUGUCCAGGCCCCUUACGGCCCUGCGCAUUCUGGGGACACUUAGUUCCCUCGGGGGAUGCAAGCAGUCUGGUCACUGGAAGACGUGUCCUUUCAGUGCUCCUGUCUAAGAUUUUAAUAAGCUCCUAAAACGUCCCUUUUCAUCUUAACACUGACAGUUUCCCGACCACCGGCUCGACCGUGCUGUGUGGAGCUCUUGGGUUUGCCAGAAAGGUAUAGAUCUAUUUCCCGCCUUGGAGCAUGCUAUGUGUUCAGUUCCUGAAGGACGUCAGCACAGUGCAUCGCAGAUCCUGUAGCUGCCAUGACUUUGCUGCCUAGAUUUGGAACUGGCUUUUCCGGUCCUUCCCUCGAAUGCUGUCUUCUUCCUUUCUGCGUCUUUCAAACAUUGCUGCCUUUAGAAGUUCUGUCCCUUGGCUGUUUACUUGUGUAACUUUUAAUCAAGAUUCUGAUCUCUUAGAUUGAAAGUACAUUUCUAUGAAAGUUGUUUUCCGUCACAGAAGCUGCAUCCCGACUUGUCAAUAAAAUGCGUACGUCAGUCACAAGUUUAAAUAAACCACUGUGUUGAUGGAGUGUUUAUCACAUGUAGAGCCUUUCCAGUGACAGCAUUGCUGACGUUUUCCGGUCAAGUCUUGUGAUAGAAUUUCCACAUAUAAAAUAAAAUAAAAUAAAAAUACAUUUU